CGUCGAGAAGCUGUGGUAAGAGAAGGCGUAGAAAACAAACGAGAGAACUUCUACUGUCAUUUUCAAUGAUUGUUAUUGUUUAUGUUUUCUACUGUGUUACCUGUUCUGGCCAUAGAAAUCUAAAAUUGAAAACAGAAACCGUUCCUGAGAAGUUUACUGAUUUGUUGAUGUUUUAAACUAAUGACAAGCUGCCGAGCGUGUGGACAAGCCUUAGUUGAACAGAGCUCCUGUGCAGCUUUGGAUAAAUAUAUAGAGGAGUAUUUUCAUUUGACGGCGAUUAGGCUUUGUGACUAUGAGGACCCAAGUCAGUCAAAGGUGUGCGACUUGUGUACCAGCAAGCUGGAAGACUUCGAACGUUUUCGUCAGGUUUGUCUUCAGGUUCACUGGAAAAUACAUAAGCUGAAAGUGGAAACAUUAGAUGCAGACGAAGAUCCAUUCACAAUCAAAGUCGAGUGUAAACCAGAUUUCCCGGAGGAGAAAGAUCCAAUAUUAGACGUGAUCAACGCGAACGAACCUGCUGAUAAAUCUGCUUCGGUUAAAAGCGACACUGGCAGUGAGAGUGACGAUAGCUACGAAAGCAAUUCUGAUGAUUAUGACUCUCCCUCAGAGGACGAGGGCUCUUCGGAGGAGGCGGAAAGUAAACCAAACUCUCCGAAGCCCAAAAAACCACGAGCAAAGUGGGGAAGUUUGAAGAAAAAAGAACCCCACGAAAAGCGACCGCUUUUCCCAUGCGAUCGGUGUCCUAAGAAAUUUUUUCUCCAGUACAGACUGGACGCUCAUAAGCGAGCUCACGAUGGACUUAAACCGUUCGAGUGCGAAAUUUGCAAGAAGGCCUUUGCCCGUUCGAAUGGCCUGAAGAUGCACCGGAUUCAGAAACACAGCAACAACAGAAUUUGUUUACCGUGUGAUUUUCCCGGCUGCACUUACAAAUAUUCUACUCGACUUGGUUUGCAGAGGCACAAAAAGCGGGCUCAUGACCCCAACUAUGUGGAACCUCCAUCUACUGCAUUCAUUUGUGACGUAUGCGGAAGAGACUACACCACCAAGGGAGGUUUAAAGACCCACAAGUAUACACAUUAUCCAUCGGAGAUGCCGUUCGUGUGUGCGGUCUGUGGGAAGAAAUUUCCUACGGUUAAUAAGCUAAAGGAACACACUAUGCGUCAUGAUGGAAUUAAGCGGCACACCUGUCCACAUUGUGGCCUUCAGAAGAUCACCAUGCACGAGCUGAAGUUUCAUAUUAAAAACAUGCAUUCAUCGGAACCGAGGUCUUUCCCCUGCAAGCUCUGUGAGAAGCACUUCACUAGUCCUGGAAGCCUUAGUAUGCACGUCAAAAUUAUUCACCAUGGCCUCAAGCCAUAUGUUUGUACAAUUUGUUCGUUUGCUUUCGGAAGGAGCGAUCAUCUCAAACGUCACAUGCAGAGCCACAUACGGGCCGGUCUAUCGAAACCGGAAACAGCAGUCGAGUAAACGGAAACUAUGUUUGUCACGCUUGUAUUUUAAAUAAAAUUUGUAAAUAGGUUUCCCAAAACGAUGGGUUUGAA